AUGGCCACAAAACAAGCUUUGAAGCGUUUAACUAAAGAAUAUAAGCUCAUAGUGGAAAACCCACCUCCAUAUAUUGUUGCCCGCCCAAAUGAAGAUAAUAUACUGGAAUGGCAUUAUGUUAUAACGGGUCCAUCGGAUACUCCCUAUUCUAGUGGACAGUACCAUGGUACUCUAACGUUUCCGUCCGACUACCCAUAUAAACCACCUGCCAUAAGAAUGAUAACUCCAAAUGGUCGUUUCAAAGAAAAUACGAGGCUUUGUUUGUCGAUGAGUGAUUACCACCCUGAUUUGUGGAACCCUGGCUGGUCAGUUUCCACUAUCUUAACAGGUCUUUUAAGUUUCAUGACUGGUGAUGAGGCUACUACUGGUUCUAUCGUUACUACGGAUCAACAAAAGAAAUUAUUAGCGAAAAGGUCUAUUCAAUUUAACACGUUUAAAAACACCAGAUUCAAAAUCGUAUUUCCGGAUAUAGUAGAGACCAAUUUAAAGGAAUUAGAGAGAAGAACUGAACAAGAUAUAAAGGAGGAAGAAAGUCUUUUGAAUGACAAUAAACGUGAUGACCCAAUUUUGAAGGCUGCUAAGGAGAGGGCUAUUGCUCUGGACGAAAUCAAAGAUCCAAGUGAUAGGAUACGUGCGGAGAACGCAUUGCGUGCGCUGGAAAAUGACGAUAAGAGGAAUACAAAAGAAGGUUCAUCUCAAAUUUAUUAUAUUGGGUUUGCCAUUUGCUUAUUUGUUUUGGGACUCUUCAUGAAAUGA